AUUUGUUAAACCUCCUGAACAUUCCACUUCCUCCAGUUGCAAAAAUGGACAUGGACACUAGCAAACUACACUGGGGGCAUCAAGAAUACAAUCUUGGAGAGUUUGCUGAAAAAUUCAAGGACUCCUUUCCUAAGAUCAUCAAUGUGACGGUGGGCUUUCUUGGACAACAGGAACUGGACAGUAUCAGCUCAAGCACACACAUCAUGGUCCACUCCCUGCUCUGCCAGCAGAGAGCAGUGGUUGAGAGCAAACAUGGGAAAGUCCUGUCCCUACCUGUCACCAUCUCCACUGUAGGCUUCUACAUAAUCAGAAAUGAUAGACGAGAAGGACCACCAAUCAGUCUUCAGGCUAUUUUGGAGUCCAACCCACUGCCAGUGAUCAUCCAACCAAUAACGCCACUCGUCCUGCCGUGGCUGUCAGGGGGUCAUAGGCUGGACACACUGACAAUCACACGCACCUAUGAGGAGCAGCUCUUAAUUGGGUUUCCUUUCAGCAGCAAAGGAAUCCUCUCCAGACACACUCCCCUGGUGCUGCCCAUGUAUAUGAAGGAGGUGCGUAUUGCACAGGCAGAGGGGUUGGAGGGACUCGAUCAGGGCCAGUUCGAGGAUGCCUGUGCUACAUUGGGGGGGCAGAUCGAUGAACUGGGCCUCAGGAACCUUUUUAUCUUUCAAGAUAUCACCAUUUUGAAUAAGCAAGAGUUGAUUGAAAAGGGUCACGAAUACAUGGAGGUGAAGCCAAUCUACAUGUGCCUGAAGAGCCAGGGUGAUGAAAUCAACCUCUACCAGCACCUUGACUUUGAGACAACCGAGCCUCCUACUUUACAGAGAAAAGCAGCAAGACCCCCACCUCUACCCCCUAAACCACAACAUUUACAAAUAGCUAGACACAAACUUCCACCCCUUUCUCCAUCAUUGGAGAACAAUUCCCAGUUCUACUCUGGCGGCUCAUGGCAUCCACUCUUCUGCUCCUUAGCAGAGGUGCCCUCUAAUCUACGGGACCUGAGUGUGGCACAGGUGUGCUCCUGCCUGCGACUGCUCAACUUGGACCAGUACUGCCAGGCCUUCGAGAGGGAGCAGAUUGACGGGGAUCUGUUGUACACAGUUGAGCCCAGCAUGAUGAGGGAGACCCUGGGUAUGGAGAGCCUGCACGUGGGCAAGCUUCUCCGCUUCCGAGAGGGCUGGAGGCCCUUACUUGGGUCUUCUGGAGCUGAGCAGGUUGGGUAGUAAUCGAUUAUCUGUAAUGGGGAUUAUAAUCAGAUUAUAAAAAUUUCAUUGGCAAUCUAGGAUCCAAACAACACUAAAGCGAUCAUAGAAGUGACAUUUUGUACUCUUGUGCUGGAUGGUAAAUUAUUUACAUAUUUUAUGAUAGGCUAAGUACCAUUUACAUUAGUAAUGGCUAAAGUGUCAUUCAGCAUAAAGGCUACUUUUUGGAGUAAUUCCUGCUGGGAAGCAAACAUUCAUCCACACAGCAUGAUUAAAAGCACAGGUUUCAGGCCAAUAGCCUUGUCCCGUUGUUACACCACAGGGCCGGUGGAGUCACAGACGUCAUUGACAUUUUCAUUUCCAUUGUCAAAAUGUAAUUGACUUUCAGUCAUUUCAUUUACCACAACUACAGCAAUAAGAUACAGAAAUAAAUACCUACAUGAGGUCCAAGAAAAUAAACAUAACAUACAUUUUAUGGCCAACAAAAAGCAUGCAAAACAAAAGAAGGCACAAGGAUCUAAGCUGCACAAGGAUCUAAGCUUAUUUAAAAUCCCUGAAACUGUUCUGUAAUGGGCAACACAGUAUGUAUAAAUAUACUGUAGGAAUCAUGAAACUUCCAGCUCUCAGACCUUCUCCAAAUGACUUUGCUUCUUUUCAACCUCAGCACCUUAGAGCUAUACCGCACAAGCUCCACCUCCUCAUCCAUUAACGGUGUGGCAAUAGCGACACCGCUUCCCAUUAAUUUUCAAUGGAGGGAAAGCAGUGAGAAGCGUUGUGGGCGGGGGACCGUUCGGCGGCUCGAGCGUGGUGUGGGAGGCGGUGAAAAAGUUCAGCAUUUCCCAGCUUCAUGCAAAUCAUCAGCAGCGACCCCUGUGCAAUGACCAAUUAUAUUGAGUGGUUCCCAUGACGAAUUUGAUGCUACGCAACCCAACGCUGGAGACUUUCUUCAGCAAAGAUGGCUGACAAAAAUACUAGGAUGGAAGCAAAUGUAAGUCAUUAUUUAAGUGAUAAUGCCAGAGAAGCCCGUGUUUGGAGAAAAAUUUGGCAUGGAACGAGACAAAGUCGAGUGCCGGCAAACCGUGCAAUUAUUUCCUCCAAACACCGGCUUCGAGAGCAUUAUCACUUUUAUACAAGGGGUUACCAACAUAUUAAAAAAAUUAUUGAAAUGUGAGAUAAUGUCUAAUCUUUAUUUUGAUGAAUUUAUUCAUACUAUUUCAUCCUUCCACAAGAUAUAGUCCCGACACAAAUCUAGGGUUGCUACCCAAGCCGGCUGGUCGUUCAUUCUAUUGGUUCGGUUGCCUAGUUAAAUAAAGGUUAAAAAAAAAAUGUCAAAAAAAAAAAACGGUGUAUUGCGUAGUCAGAUGGAACAGAGUAAAUAGGCAUUUUAACAUCAUAGAUUUAGCCGGUGGUAAUUUGUGGAAUAGACACGGGCUGGAAUGCGCUUUUAACCAAUCAGCAUUCAUGAUUAGACCCACCGGUUGUAUAAAACGUCAUUACAAAUCAUGCAAAAUAUGUACAGUAUAUGUAUAUGUAUAUGUUAGUUAAUGUAAAGACCAGUGGCGACUGGUCAUUCAGGGCAGGUGGGGCAGAGCUACAUUUUUUAGCCAUUUUUUAAAUAAAACGUUUGAGGGGAUUGCCUGUUUUGCAUGUUAUUUUGGCAUUAUGUCACAUAUCAGUUUGAAAACAAUGUAAAAAAAAAUAAAAAUUAAUCAUUUACUUAAUAAAGCUGCAUAC